AUCUUCGGUUGGAGGUUACGCCAAAGCAGGACAGGAAUCCCACAAUAGCAGGCAGAGGAGUGUUUUCUUCUUCUUCUUCUGUUUUUUCGAGGCAGAGAGCUGGGCUGGUGGCUGUUUCAAUCAAAGGGGGAAAAGGCAGAGAGGGAAGGGCGGCUCUGCGGAGAGAUGUAAGAUGGCAGAGCUACAAAUGUUGUUAGAGGAAGAGAUUCCGGCCGGUAAAAGAGCGCUGGUGGAGAGUUACCAAAACCUGACGAGAGUCGCCGACUACUGCGAGAACAAUUAUGUCCAGGCCCAGGACAAGAGGAAAGCUCUGGAGGAGACCAAAGCCUACACCACCCAGUCCCUGGCCAGCGUGGCCUACCAGAUCAAUGCCUUAGCCAACAAUGUGCUGCAGCUGCUGGACAUCCAGGCCUCGCAGCUGCGGCGCAUGGAGUCCUCCAUCAACCACAUCUCUCAGACGGUAGACAUCCAUAAGGAGAAGGUGGCCAGGCGGGAGAUCGGGAUCCUCACCACCAACAAGAACACGUCGAGGACUCAUAAGAUCAUAGCGCCGGCCAACAUGGAGCGGCCGGUCAGGUACAUCAGGAAGCCCAUUGACUACACUGUACUGGAUGAUGUCGGUCACGGUGUUAAGUGGCUAAAAGCCAAGCAACAUGGAAACAAUCAGGCAAUCAGAGGAGGAACACUAUCGAGGACCAAUCCGCCGACGCAGAAGCCGCCCAGCCCUCCGAUGUCAGGGCGUGGCACGCUGGGCCGCAACACGUCCUACAAGACCCUGGAGCCGGUGAAGCCACCCACAGUUCCCAACGACUACAUGACCAGCCCCGCCCGAUUAGGCAGCCAGCACGGCCAGCAGCACAGCCCUGGACGCACUGCAUCGCUCAACCAGAGGCAACGCACACACAGUGGAAGCAGCGGGGGUAGCAGCAGCAGGGAGAACAGCGGCAGCAGUGGAAUUGGCAUUCCCAUCGCCGUGCCUACGCCCUCCAUCCCCAACUCUGGACCAGCGGUGGCCCCCGGGCCUGGUCUGGGCCCCGCUCCAAUGUCCCAGUUUGGAACCAUCUCGCGGCAGAUUUCGCGGCACAACCCCUCCAACUCCUCUGUCUCUAUGGUUUCGGCCACGGGCACCUACCGCCGGGCGCCGUCGGUCACUUCGCAGUUCUCCUUGCAGCAGCAGCAACAACUACAGCAACAGCAGCAGCAACAACAGCAACAGCAGCAGCAGCAACAGCAGCAGCCUCAUAUUAAUGGAGGCACCCCAGGCUAUGGCCAGAACUCAAUGUCUAUCGCCCCUCCUCCUCCCCCCAUGCCCCAGCUGACUCCACAGAUACCUCUGACUGGCUUUGUGGCCAGGAUGCAGGAGAGCAUUGCAGAUACUCCAACUCCACCUCCUCCGCCUCCUCCGGACGACAUGCCCAUGUUCGACGAGUCCCCGCCGCCUCCGCCGCCUCCUCCGGUGGACUACGAGGAGGAGGACGCCGCCGUCGUGCACUACAACGACCCCUACGCCGACGGAGACCCACAGUGGGCCCCCAAGAACUACGUCGAGAAAGUCGUGGCCAUCUACGACUACACCAAGGACAAGGACGACGAGUUGAGCUUCAUGGAGGGGGCCAUCAUCUACGUGGUCAAGAAGAACGACGACGGCUGGUUCGAGGGCGUGUGCAACGGCGUCACCGGCCUGUUCCCCGGCAACUACGUGGAGUCCAUCAUGCACUACGCCGACUGAAGGGACCUCGCAGUAAACGUACAGUCUAUUUAUUCAGUCAUAUCAUAAUCCACCGAGAGACAGACGGCAGCAAUCUGACUCCUGCAUAGACAUAACUGUAUGAUCCCCCGUUUUUUGAUAUGACAGAAUGUUCUUUCCCUUAAUGAUUGCAAAUAAAAUGAAAGGUAAUAUCUAUUUAGUUUAUUUUGGUGUUAUAGGGACGGGGUGGGAGACAUUUAUGGAAUAUGUACAAAAUUAAAGAAUUGGGACGGCUCAGGCGGGUAGAACACAGCUGAAGGACGCACGCCGACAUCUUGCCUGAACAAAAAUUUUAACAUCGAGAGCUGAACAAGUAUGUUAGGUUUCGACGGAACAAAUAAAAUGUCACGUAUGCGCCUUCAGUUGAAGUGUUCGUGCUGUCGGUUGUAUAUAACGUGAGCUGCAGCCACUCGGGUUUCUGUAAUGUAAAUUCAGUGAAUGUCAAUUAUAUGAUAGUCUUCAUUAGUGGUGCCCUCCUCGACUCGGACAUAAACGCAGAUGGCCUGUUGAUACUUUAUAAAUUUAAAUACUGUAAAUGGUAUUUCGAGUAAACAAAUACUUCAGAAAAAUCAGUCUUGGCGUUUUCAGCAUGCAAAUUUUUUGAGAUAUAAUGUAAUCUUAAGUUUAUUGCCAUUAUGCUUCCAUUAUGUUGUAAAUGUAUUCACCUUUUUGUUUUGUUUUUUUAUUACACUGUUGAGAUCACUGAACAGGCUUUCCAACACCUUUAAAAAUGCCAAUUUGCAGGUAAAAUCAUGCAAAUAAGGUUUGCUUUUUUUUUUUUCCAUGCGUUUAAAUCUGUUUGAGGCAUGAGAACACAUUCCAUUUUGGCUUUCUUAUCUUCGCAUUUUAAGAUUAUGUCACAUCACUGUUGAUUCCUUCUUUUUUCUUUAACUAAUCCACACAAAUCUGUAGGAUCCAUUGGCAAUAAUGGACAAUAGCUCCGGUAGGUGUGCAGUGAUGAUUAGACUGGAAUUGUCCUGCCUGACACUGCCAUGCGACAAUUCAGCUGUAAUAAUGUAGACCAAUAAACAACUCUAAUACCUCCUCAGUCUUCUCAAAGCAACAACGACGACCUGCUCUGGGUUCAAGGACCAUGUUGAAUGCUAGGAAACGUAAUCCUCUGGGCUGCUCGGGUGUACAUAAUAACUCAAGUAGAAUCAGCCGGUCAAUAUUAGGUGUCACUCAGGUCAAGGAAUCAUUUUUUUAAUAACAUUGUAUUCUUUUGUGUGUGUGUGUUGGCACUCAAACGUACAUCUAACAUGAUUAAUUUUGACCUAAAAAUGCAGAGUUAAAACCUCCUCUGUCGUGGCCACCGUUUACCAUCGCAGCUAAUGCCUUCAGAUUUAGCCCGGUUUCUUUUAUCCCCCCCCCCCCUGAAAAAUGUGUUCUGGCUCAAUUUAACGGGUAGAAAUAUUGAAACCGAUUUCUCUCUGCCCUCCAUUUGUAUAUAUAAUAUGUUGAUUGAAAAAUUAAUGUACAGUCUUUUAUAAUAAACGAUUCUAUGUACAACA